UCACGACCGCGGGACGCAGUGCGAGUGCCCGCGCUUGUCAACUCGCGCACAACACAACCAUAUAACCACUGCUGCUCGUCCGUCGACGGCCGCGCGCGGUGCCGCAAUCCACUUCGUUUAAAAAGCAGUUUCUCUCCACUCGCACCGAAAGGCUGACUUUUUAUUUUGUUCUCCUCCUGUUUUCGAGUGACAAAGCUGCCAAAAUGUCAGCCUCCACCGACUUUAUCAGCCUUUGCCGCCUGCAAACGAGCAACAGCUCGCCUGGUGACGGUGUCUCACUUCCGUCGCCGAUCCCUAACAGUCCAGUGUCGGUGGCGAGGGCCCGCGCCAGGGUGCAUCCGCCCCUCUUGCACACCCUCAGCCACCCCCUCACCAGGGGCCCCAGCUUCCAGGAGCACUCUGGAAUCUUCGGACACCUCACAGUCGGAAGGCACAGGAAAAUCUCUCCUGGAGUAGUGCAGCCAGGCUCGCCAGGCAUUUUCCGGCGCAAAUCAUCCACUGGCGCUGAACUAGUGUUUCCCGCGCCGAAGUCGCGCCCCCGUCAGAGCGUUGGAGACAUACUAGCAACGAAAAUGGCGCAGUCAGGAGCUGGUGCCACCGGCCUUGGUUGGCCUAACACCAAGGAAGAUUACGAACUGAAGGAAGUGAUCGGUGUUGGAGCGACGGCUGUGGUUCACGGGGCCUUUUGCAAACCCCGCCAAGAGAAAUGUGCCAUAAAGCGAAUAAAUCUGGAAAAAUGGAACACGAGCAUGGACGAACUAUUAAAAGAAAUUCAAGCAAUGUCAUCGUGCAACCACGAAAACGUAGUGACCUACUACACGAGUUUUGUCGUGCGCGAGGAGCUGUGGCUGGUGCUGCGGCUGCUGGAGGGUGGCUCGCUCUUGGACAUAAUCAAACACAAGAUGAAGUCGAGUAACUGCAAACACGGUGUGUUUGACGAGGCCACGAUAGCAACAGUUUUGAAAGAAGUGCUAAAGGGAUUGGAGUACUUCCAUAGCAAUGGACAGAUUCACAGAGAUGUUAAAGCCGGCAACAUCCUGCUUGGCGAGGAUGGCACAGUGCAGAUCGCCGACUUUGGCGUGAGUGCAUGGCUGGCGACCGGACGUGACCUCUCUCGGCAAAAAGUGAGACACACGUUCGUGGGCACGCCGUGCUGGAUGGCGCCCGAGGUGAUGGAGCAGGACCAUGGUUACGACUUCAAGGCCGACAUCUGGUCUUUCGGCAUCACGGCCAUCGAGAUGGCCACUGGCACUGCGCCCUACCACAAAUACCCGCCCAUGAAGGUGCUCAUGCUAACUCUGCAGAAUGACCCCCCAUCCCUGGACACUGGCGCUGAGGAGAAGGAUCAGUACAAGGUUUACGGCAAAACCUUCAGGAAAAUGAUCGUUGACUGCCUUCAAAAGGACCCUACUAAGAGGCCUUCAGCAACAGAGCUCUUGAAGCACCCUUUCUUCAAGAAGGCGAAAGACAGGAAGUUCUUGCAGCAGACUCUAGUGACUAUGGGACCCAGUAUUGAAACAAGAUCUCAGAAGGCAUCUAAGCGACAACCUGGCACAUCUGGUCGCCUUCACAGAACCGUGACUGGAGAGUGGGUUUGGUCAGAUGACGAAGAAAAUGCGUCUUCGCAAGAGGAUUCUGACGAUGAAUUGCACAUCAGGAAAGAGAAACCAAUGAACCUUUUGGUCAACCAGGGCUCCUCUGGUAGCGAGGAGGAGCUGAACGAUGGAAAACCUGAGCCCGUCAUCAACAGCACGCCGAGCCACACAGCGCAGAACAGCAGCACCACCAGCUCAACAGGCUCUGGCCCAAUUCCUGUGCUUGAGAGUCAAACCGCACCAGUCACGGCGGCACCACUCAACCAUGCCGUGCCGAUCAAUCUAGUUCUUAGAAUGAGGAAUGCAAAACGAGAGCUUAACGAUAUAAGGUUUGAAUUCGCCGUGGGCAAAGAUAGUGCUGAAGGCAUUGCGUCAGAACUGGUGAGCGCGAGUCUGGUGGACGGGCAUGACAUGGUGGCGAUCGCGGCCAACUUGCAGAAGCUCAUUGACAACGCUGCGACUGCCGGAAAGAACAUCACCUUCCCAUUAGUGAGUUACCAGAUGGCGCAGGCAAACACUGGAACAAACCCGGCAGACAUACCCGACGAGAAGACCCUGAUAGGUUUUGCGCAAAUAUCAAUCACCGACUAGCAGGAAGUGAGCGCCCACGUACACAGAAGGUAUCACUUAGCGAGCGGCACAAAAUUGCAACUGAUGCGGCUGUAAAUUGGCAUAAACUACUGACUAGAGUAUAUAUGUGGCGAUUCUGCUGAUGGGACACGACAGGCUUACAUCGUUGUACCGUAAAUUUUUCUCGUAGAGCAGUGACUAAAAUGAGGAAAUAAUAAAUUAUCAAGCUUAGUCUUUCGACGACUUAACCUAUAGCUUUUGGGGAGGACAUUCCUCCAUCAAAAACAGUGACCAAGAUUGUGCGCCUAAAACUCAAGGGUAAAAAUUUGUAGUUAACGUUGGAAACGCGCUGUGCUUUUCAUGGAACCCCCUCUAUUACAUCAAGAUAUCUUUGCUCUGAAGGCGGAUUUCCAGCCAAAAAUCAAAGUGGACUAGUUGCUUAGGUUGGUGGGUGGUCAAAUUGGUUCUUAGCUUCGGCUGGUAAGCCUCGUCCUGACUUUUUCUUUGAUUGUAAAUAAGCGUAAUAAGUGAUAAUCAACGGUGCUGUAAUUUAGACUUAAAAAUCGAAUCAAGAAAUAAGUCGUCCUUCCUGCUGUAUUUCUGAUAUUCGAAACAUGUCUCCGUGUGUUUGAAUUUAAACUGUCGCAGCACCGCUGCAGGGACAAAAGUAUAAGUUUUUAUUCAAGUAUUUCUCUUAAUGCUUAAAAUGUUCAUAAUUUGGUUGAGUGGCCAUAUUAGAUUUGACAAACUAGCUGAAGUACUAACUGCUAACCUAUUACUCUGUAUUUAUUUAUUUCACGCUGAUGAGAAAUGUGAUUGCUGGAGCCAUAGCGUUGGUCACACUCACAUCACGUUGGCAGUUUUUUGAGAUAAUUUGCCCGUCGCUUUUUAUCUUGGAAAACGUCGGUAUUGUGCGGGGAAUCAAUGCAUACGAUAGCGAUUAUAUUUUUAAAGAGAAACUUUUUAACUCAAAAUGCCUCUUAGCUAGCCGUACUUCCGAAGAAACUAUUCUUGCUGCUUUUUCAAGUGAUUAACCACUAUAAGGUCGAGUCGCUACGAGUUGUUUUACGUAAUUGAAACUUAAGUUGCCUCUAGGUUAAACGAGAGAUAUACAGUAGCAUUAAGUUGAACUGUGCUGAGUUGUUCAGCAGAUGAUGCGUCGGAUGUCAACAACAUUAACAUAUCGGUAGGAGAGAAACCCAACGCUUUAAGUCCUAGGGGAAGGAGCAAAACGCAUUUUCCUGCAGAUUUUUGCAAACACACAGGAUAUAGUUUCGUUUAGCAAAAUUGCUCGCGUUACCAAUCGUUAUGACACAAUAAUAUGUAGUUAUUAUUUGCCAUGUCCGAAAGGAAUCGGUUUUCAAAGUCCUGUCUAAACAGAAGUUGCAUAAUAAUUUUGCCAUUAUUUAAAUGAUUAGUGUAUUGCGGUCACGUGGCUUAAUGUAAAAACAAGUUCCCACUUUUAGAUAUUUAUGUUGCUAUUGAUUCUGUAAUUAUUAUAUUAUUAUUGUCCAUUAUUAAUAUUAUUAUGUGAAACUUUAUUCGGAAUACAACAUUCUUUAUUAUUAAUUAAAAACGAAACAAAACUGGA